AUAGUACGGGUUCUAUAUUUAGUCAACAAGGGGGUUAUUAGUGAAAUUGUGACCGAUUUCUAAGAAAAUUAUUUUAAGCUAUAACUGAUCUGGAUUUAAUUAUUUGCUUAAAGUGAAAGCAGUCAAGUUGCUGUUCAAUCACAAUCAAUGCAGUAUUUUCUCAUUGUUGAUGUCAGUAAUUAUAUUCUGAUGUGAUCUCAAAAGUUGAUUGAUUGUCACUGCAUUGUACUUAUGCAGUGAUGUUUAAAUGCAUCAUUAGAAAUUGGCUUGUUUCUUUGUACUCAUUUAUUUAGAUUUGAAUGAAUGACAAAUGGUAGAAUAUUCUCCAAACCUUUUAAAAGUGAAUGGUCUAAUUUUCAAUUGAUGACAUGAUUGAUGCAAUGUUCACAGUGAAAUGCAUUACUUUAGCUGUACAGAAACUAAAUACUGUAUGAGACACAUUUGUGUUGGGCAACAUCAUGUCUUUUGUGGACAGUCAGUUGGAGUUAGUUUUAUGGGACUCUUUGUGUGAGGAAUGCUAUUCUUUUUUUUUUUUGCAUCUGUUUUUUUUCCAUGUUACAGACCUGGGUCCCCCUGGGAAAUUGAACGGCUAGCCGAUAUGGCACAGCCACACUGAAGGUGCUGCUGUGAAUCUGACCUUGGUCACUCCUGAGAAGGCCAUCAAACUAGCUGCAAAUGACUUCUUCCGCCAGCAUCUUAGCAAAAAUGGGAAAGGCUUGACAGUGUUUAAGGAGAUGUUGGCAGGUUGUGGUGCAGGCAUAUGCCAAGUUGUCAUUACGACUCCUAUGGAAAUGCUUAAGAUUCAACUUCAGGACGCAGGGAGGCUAGCGGCUCAGCAGAGAAUGCCAGCCAUGAAGUCUCCUACUAAGCUGGCUGCCACUAACACAGUGCUGAGCAGGUCCUACAAUGUGGGGCCCAGUCCUGCAGCCAGGGCAGUGUCUGCUACCCAGAUUGCCCGGGACCUUCUGCACACACAAGGUAUCCAGGGCCUCUACAAAGGCCUCGGGGCCACCCUCAUGAGGGAUGUUCCCUUCUCCAUGGUCUACUUCCCACUGUUUGCCCACCUUAACCGGCUGGGCCAGCCAUCUCGAGAUGAAUCCGCACCCUUCUACUGGGCUUUCUUGUCUGGCUGUCUGGCUGGCUCCACUGCAGCUGUGGCAGUCAAUCCUUGUGAUGUUGUAAAAACGAGAUUGCAGUCUCUGAGCAAAGGGGCCAAUGAGGAGAGCUACAACGGUGUGGUUGACUGCGUCAGUAAGAUCAUGCGUAAGGAGGGUCCCUUUGCCUUUCUGAAGGGAGCAGGAUGCAGGGCGCUGGUCAUUGCUCCUCUCUUCGGCAUUGCACAGGUCAUGUACUUUAUUGGCAUCGGAGAGUUCAUCCUGGACCAGUCACCUUUCAACUACGUGUCUGCAUGAGACAAGACCAACACUACCUGGCUGUGCAUGGGACUUUCUCACACGUUGCAUGAAGAAGUAUCUCAGCAAAAUACUGGCAGCUAUAUUCCAUCAGUAUUUGGUACAGAAAAAAUAAACUACGUAAGACAGGUGUCUGUCAGAGCUUUGGAUCCUAGAAAAGAGAAAAUAAAAAAACAUUCUAUAGUUCUUGACUUCCUGUAUGGUCCAACAGCUGUACUGCACUUCCUCCAAAUAUUUUCCUGGCUUAUUUAAUGGGCUGUGAACAACGAUUGUACUUGAAGGUGUCAGUUUGCUGAACUGCGGACCAUGAAGUGCUGCAGUGGCACUGGCUGGGGAGUCUCCCUGGUUCCUCUCCCUCUGAGGGGUCAUUUCAACACAAACAACUGAACGUUUUUUCAUCGAUUUUUGUUUUCUUUAUCCAUUGUUUAUCUAAGAAAUAUUUGAUAAUUUAUGAUUCCACUUUUGUGCUGUUGGUUGAAUGCCAUAGUGGUGUAAAGAUGUGUAUAGGUCACAGGAGGUUGGUGGCACCUUAAUUGGGGAGGACGGGCUCGUGGUAAUGGCUGGAGUGGUGUCAUACACUUGGUUUCCAUGUGUUUAAUUCCAUUUGUUCCAUUCCAGACAUUAUGAGCCGUCCUCCCCUCAGCCUCCAUCUGUGAAGGUAUUUCAUAGCCUCUCAUGUUUUUGCAGUCAUGUGAUUUCAAGCUAUCAAUCUGAUUGACACAUUUGAAUUGUUAAUUUAACUGUGGUCGAUUGAGAAGGCUAAAGAAACACGUUAGAAUUAGCUUUUUAAUGUGUUUUUUUUUUCAAAAGAAACCUCUUCAACUCGCAUUUCACUGAAGUUUAGUUUGAGACAGGGACCAAGCACCUAGGGGUUAUUCCACAGCUACACCUCAUGGUUCAUUGCCAUAGACACUCACAUCUUAGUUUAUUUUUUACAUUUUAAAUACUUGAAUCAUUUAUAUUAUGCAUAUUUAUACAUACAUAUACAGUAAGGUUGUGAAGUGGUCUGUUACUUCAGGGCUAUAGACAAUAGUUCAAUAAUUGUGUUUAUUUUAUUAAUGACAUGCCCCUAAAUGCAAUGCACAUGGUUUUGUAUUUGCCUUAGCUGAGUGGAUUGGCAUUUUUCUCAGACUGACUGAGCCUGACAAAUAGCAUCACCGACGCUAUCUGCACCAGGUCAUCUAACAAAGGAAAUGACUGUUAUAUCACUUUAUGUUGUAUGUCUAAUUUUGAUUUGUAUGUAUUUAAGUGAUGCCCAAGUUGACACACAACCUGCAGUCCUGACUGUUAUAUCCACGGGUCAGGCAGGUUUAGGUUCAUGCAAUGUGUGGAUGAAGGGCGGGUUGAAUAAAGAGAACAAUGUAUUUAAAAAAAA